GUCCAAUGUCAAUUGCAAAUGUAGUGGGAGAAAAGUGCUUUGCUUUGGCAACUCAACUGAUCAUUGAAUGCGAGUUUUGUAAAGAAAAUAAUAUAAUAGAAACCUGUGGUAAACACAAGUCUGGAAAAUGUGGUCCAAGUGCCUAUGAUAUCAAUUCCAGAGCAGCAUUGGCAAGUCUGCACACAGGUAUAGGAGAGACACACCUAAAUAGCAUUCUUUCGACAAUGAACAUCCCUACAAUCAGUCGGGCAAGUUUCAAGAAACGGGAAAGAGAAGCUGGUUCUGUUAUUGAAGACGUAGCUAAAAAAUCAUGUGAAGAUGUUACCAUUAUAGAAAAAAAUAGUGCUGUUUUGACUGGGGCUGAACCAGAUGAAAAUGAUCUUAUUCCAAUCAGCGUCUCUUACGACAUGGGAUGGCAGAAGCGUGGUAAAGGCUUCAACUCAAAUACUGGUCAAGGUGCUGUUAUGGGGUUAGAUACAGGCAAGGUGAUCGAUUACACCACAAAAACUAAGACCUGCAGAAUCUGUGAACAUGCAGCAAAAAAUCAUGCACAGCCCAGAAUUCAUGAUUGCCGGAAAAACCAUACAGGCUCUUCAAAAUCAAUGGAACCUUUGUCGGCCGUAGAACUCUUUCAGAACGCCACAAACUAUAACAUGAAGUACUCUACAUACACUGGGGAUGAUGAUUCUACAACUGAAUGUUACGUUCAUGAACAAGUUCCAUACGGCAUUGAAAAAUACAGCGAUAUCAUACAUAUAAAGCGUUCUCUUACAACCAGGCUGUACAACCUAAGUAAAAGCAAUAAAUUUGUCAACUGUUCAUCAUUAUCUCAAAAAGUCAUCAACUACCUGGUAAAGUGUUUCUCAAUUUCUGUCAAUCAAGGAAAAGGAGAUUCCAAAUCCAUCCAAACCUCCCUGAAAUCCAUUGUUCCUCAUGCAUUUGGUAACCAUGAUACAUGCAGUGAUGAGUGGUGUGGAUAUAAGCAAGAUCCAAUUGAAUACAGACAUGCCCAUCUACCAUAUGGUAAAGAUCUGCAUGGCGAUUGUCUAUACAACGCCCUAGUCGAAUUGUUCAGCCAGUAUUAUAGUGAUGCAGUUGUUGAAAAACUGGCUCCGGUUGCAAAUUCCCAGCGCAAUGAGUCGUUGAACAGUGUUGUUGGUUCGAAAGCCCCAAAGAUUCGUUUCUAUGGUGGCAGCGAAAGCAACGAUUAUCCAGUAGCUUGUGCAGUGGCCCAAACCAACAUCGGCCAUACUUAUAUCAACCAAACUUUAGAGGCAAUGGGCGUAGAGCCAGGAAGAAUUUGCGUUGACCACAAUCUACAAUUGGAUAAAAAGAAAAAUGAUGAUAAUGUACGAAAGAAAACCAUUGAAUUCAAAAGGCGGAGAAAUCAAUUGCAUUCAAGAAGAUUGUCUCAUAACAAUAAAAAAGAGCAACAAGAGGGUAAAACAUAUGAAAGUAACGUUGGCCUCACACUGGAUAAAACUUCAACUCUACCAUCAACUAGUGAAGCAACCGAAGUAUUCGACCUCUCCAGUGUGUCAGACAAAACUUUUAUAACUUAUGAAAAUACAGUCUCUGAGUUUACACCUAGACCUACAUGCCCCGACAUUGUUUACCAUGACAACAUAUUCUAUAACAUAAUUGUGUUUGAUACAGAAACGAACACUACGGGGAGAGCAGCAGAACUAUGUCAAUUGUCGGCAGUUGAUAAGUCAGAUCAUUGCUCGUUCUCGGAAUAUAUUUUGCCCAAUAAUUGUAUAGACAAAUAUGCUUCAAGAGUCAACAAACUGUCAGUUAGAACUGUGAAUGGGCAACGCACGCUUUUCAAAAAGGCAGAACAACUAGCAACACUUACCUCGUCAGAAGCUAUCUCCCGUUUUAGUUUAUUCCUUGAAUCCUCAAUCGAUUAUUGCAAGACUUUAACGGAUAAAGACGUUUGUACCAUUCUUGUCGGUCAUAACGCGAAACGAUUUGAUAAUAUACCGGUCAUACUUCGCAACAGUACGAGUUCAUUCCAUGAGAAAAUGCAGUCAUUGGGAGUUUUAUUCGGCGAAAGUCUUUCGAUCUUUGAGCAACUAGUGCACAGCAAACAUCCUGCCCUACAGCAAGCUGAUGGUCAGUCCUGCCCAAUAAACCAGACCGCAUUGUACCAGUGUUUGUUUCAAGAAACUUUCGAGGCACACGAUGCGUUUGAAGAUGUCAAGGCCCUUCGAAAGAUGUUAUUUCACUCUAAUUUGCAGCUCUCGGAAGAGUUUAUUGUCAACCAUUGUAAGCCGAUUUCUUGUGAUUAUGCUCUGCAAGAUUUACAGUAUUUAGACAAACGACACGAGAUCUUGAAAUCCAUGGAAUACAAGCUAUACAAUCCAACGGGCGAUGGAAUAAUAACAAAGAGCAUGGCGGAGAAAAUCGCGGGCAGUGGCGUGUGGCAGUGGCAGUGGCAGUGGGCGAUGAUCUUUCAAAGCUGUUCAAAGACUUUGGUAAACCAGGAUUGA